AUGGCGAAGAAGAUCGAAGUUAUCAUGGCCACUUUCUUCAUUGCUACAUGUAUUUCGUUUUGCUUUGCCAAGUCCACAAUCGACCUGCCUGAUGAAACUCCACCUCCCCCACGCCCGCCAGCACCCUUACCUACAGCUAAAGUCGGAAAAAGACUGGACAAAGUUGCAACGCUGCUUGGAACAGUGAACGCAGCAAUGGGUUCAUUCUCGAGAUCAAAGACCGUGAAAACAGUUUCUCAAUCUAUGAGAGGAGAUAACGACGCCGAAUUACAAGAAGGAUUGGAUCAGGCUAUAACUACACUUGCUGUCUUGGAUGUUGGCGGUGGAAUCGUUUCGCCUGUGGCAGCUCAUCUUGUCCAAUCAAUCGCAACUGUAGAUGCUUUGUCAAACACAAAAAAGGCACUGGAAAAAUUCGGUAACACACUUCCACAAUUUGCUCAUGAAUUGGACGAUCUAAGUGAUGACGUGAUCAAAACAAGACUUAAUCAAAUGAAGCAAGUGGUUUUGGACACAUUUAAAACCGACGUUCGGCAGAUGAGAAAAAGUGAUCCGAGCACUUUGAAAUAUAUCAAGAAAGCAAAGAGAUUGUUGAAGGUAAAAAGGCUUGCAAGUGUCCUUGGGCCAAUUUUUGAUAUUGUUGCUGUCGGUGUAAAUUCUUGGGCAUUGCACACAACGUUACGUGACUGCCGUCAAGAUCCUACAAUGUGUAACCAUGGCGCCAUCGCUUCAGCCUCGUUCAGCAUUGCUGCAGGGUUCGUUGGUCUGGGAACAUUUGUCGCCGUCUUCAAGAUGACUGCAGCAGCAGCAGUUGUCGCAGGCCCUGCUGGAGCAAUCGUUGCUGCACUGCUUGGAAUAACAGCAACUUGCAUCGAACUUUGGUACACACCGCCGUCCGUGCGAAUAGCAAGUGAAAACACGUUGAAGGAAGCUGCUAUGAAAGAGUUGGACACGUAUGCAAAAGAAGAACUGUAUAACGCCACCACAAAGUACACCAAGAAUGAUUUGUAUGUUGUCAACCAAGGCCAUCUACCAAAAUGGUUCACUUAUGACCCACCAAAAAAUUCAGUCCAAUUUGGUUUGGAUAGAGACGAACCACGUAGAUAUUCUCCAAAAGUUGGUAAGUGUUCUCGUCCGCACUGGGGAGAAGCCAAACGUCCUGGUCCUACCGGUAAAAGUCUAUCACUUUACAAAGUUUGUCCCUAUCUGGUUGAUGGCAACGAAUUCAUAUCAACCAAGGAUAUUUCAUCAUUUCCUUCAUAUCUCACAGACAAUCGCGGUUUAGGCUAUGAUUUCUAUGGAUUGGCGAAAGAUUAUCAAGAGUAUAAAAAUGGGGAAGGUCGACCAGAUAAUGAAUCACCGUACAAUGGGGCGACGGUGCUCGUUUCAACAAAUAAGGUUCAGCCAGCUGAGUUGGAAAACAGGGAACUGAGUGCAAAUUUGAGAGGACUGGAUAUAAACACGGGAAGAAAAGGAGGAGGUGAACCAUUCGACGAUCUGGUAGCAAUAGGAGAUAUGCCGUCGCUUGACGCUAGUGAGAAAGUGAUUGUUCGUACAGGAAAAGGAAAUGACGCGCUGAACAUUGAUGGACGACUCGGACCAUUUACAUCGGCUGGUGUGCUUGAUGCAGAUUUAGGAGAAGAGGGACAGAACACUCUGAAUUUUGGUGCAAUUCCUUCAGGUUACGGAAUCGAGGGAAUACGCUUUGAUGCAAAAACGGGCGUGGUCCAGUACAAAUAUGGCUCAGGUCAACCGCAAAAUGUUGGUAAAGUGAUGCAUGUUCAAAUUCUUGAGGCGUCGUCAUUUCAUGAUGAAAUCACGCUUCAUUCAAACAGGCCUGACCGAGAAGGCUUUACGGUAUUCAAGUUCAAUGGACUGGCUACAUACACGAUUGACAUAUCAUCGCUAACUACCAAAGACGAUACUAGGUAUUUCACGAUAAUCGACAGCUCGUCACCUUUGCGUAGCGAUGAAGGUCGCGUUCCUGUUCUAAAGCUGGUUAAUUUUGGAGAAAACGCAAAGGCAAAUGAUAUUCAAUACCGAGAGGAAGGUAUAUUCGUUUAUGGAGAACGUACUAAAGAAUCUCGUGACGUCGAAGAUGAAGGCAAAUCAAGUGAGCGCCGAGUUAUUGCGAAUGAAGGAGAAUGCGAUGGGGAAACGGGUGGAAAUCCAACUAUGGGUUCCAACGAUAAGAAACUUUUGGCAAUUAUAAAACUGACCCAUAAGCGUCUGAUCAAGAUAGAAGCAAAAGGCAGCAAUGGGAUAUGCGUAAUGAAACGGCGCAAACAACAGGAAUUAGAUACACAGUUCUUUCCAGGCAAAAGACUGCAUGUAGAUUUCAGCGAGCGAAAUUAUGACGGCAGCGAGGACGAUGAUUAUGCCCUCUUGAAAUGUCCUUUAAGUACGGUCGAUGAGCCAACGACGAUCAACCUGAGAGAUGGCAAAAGUGACUACCUUGUCAUUGGAGAGCACCUGUUCACGGAUCCGUGUGACAUCGCCCGUAUGAAAUUGGUCAGACAUAAAACUUUAGAGGACGCAUGGAACUUGGUAUUGGCAGGACCGGAUCUCAAAAAUAUUACAGGAAAAGCUCGUACAAUCACAUUGAUAGGAGUCGAGAAGAUCUUGAAUGAACAUGGGGAUAUUGUAAUAGACCUCCAAAACAGUCCAACACACAACCUGAAUGGAAAAUACACAGAUGUAUCGAGGAAUGAUAUGCGAAAAUGGGCUGAGACAUCACGCACGAAAGAGAUUAAAGAUAACAUGAUGACCUGUAUAGACGGAACUGGAGAUUUAUCACUAGAAGAAAGAGAGGAGCUUUGUAGCCAAGGAGAUGAGGAUGAAGAUGAGAAUGAUGAAGAAACACCAGAAGUACAGUAG